CCAUUGGAUGUUUUAAAUCUGUCGCAGGCCCAGGCCAGCGCCUGGGGGGGAGGGGCGGGGUGUCCUGCUGGUGUGCGAGAGGCCCAGGGCCGCUCCAGAGCUUUCUCCCCUCUUUCCUGGAGGGCGACUGUUCGGGAGGGUGAGAAUGGUAUAAACUUCAAAAACAAUGAAACCUCCUUUUGCCCCCUCCGCAGCAGUCGCCUCCGGGCUUUAUUGCAAGUUUACGGUAACGAGUUCAUUUAUUUAAUUCGCGGUUGUAGUUCCGAGGUUUCUAUUAGACAGGGCGGGGUUCUGGGGGCUGGGGGUCACAGAGUCUCCCCUGAAGGAAAACUAGAGUACAGCACUUAGAACCUUGAAUACAACUUUAAUGAAGGGGAGGAGGGGAGCUGCAGGGAAGAGAAGUUUGCUUCGGGUUGGGGGAGGAAAGCCGGAGCUGCUCCCGAGAACUGGGGGGCCUGGACUGGGCUUUUUCCUGCUUCGGGGGCUUUCCAGCUUCCGGCCCUGGAACUACUACUUGGAGUAGGGAUCGCGUGCAGAAGGCGGAGCGGAUGCUCGGCCGGCGGCGGCCUUGCAGGGUCCCCGGAAGCGCUCCUCAGCCGGAGUAAAACCCGAAAGAUGGAGCCUCAGGUUCGCUCUCUGCGUUUCGGAUGCUGGAACCGAGAUUUCAAAAGAGCUUCCGGAGGUUCUAUACAAACAAAUCGAAAAAAAAAAGGUCGGGGGGCGUCUACCGCGAAUUGUUAUGGUGUGGAAGAUAAAUAUAUUACAAACGAAGACAAGGACGGAGGGCGGAUGGCGCCGCGGCCUGGCUCCCGGAGCCGGACCUCCUUCUUCCAUUAGAGAUCGCUUGUUCCGAACCUCCUUGCCUUCUUCCUGGGUCUCUUGGGGGCUGGACCAAUGCAUCUCCCGAUGCCCUGGCCGAAUGGCAGGCGACAUCGGGUCCUGAGGCCCCCACACGCAGCCCAGUACCCCGAGGCUCCAGGCUGCGGAAAGCAGGUAGCUCCGCGGGGGUUGAAAGCCUGCCCGCAGGUUCUCCCGGAGUGGCGAGCCUCUCCCGGGAGGGGGCGCCCUUGUCUUUUUAAUGAUCCUAACACGCUGGUGGAAUAAAUCUAAGAUUCCA